AUGGAGUGGACCCAGCCGUCAAAAGCCCAUGCCGAGAGAGGACUCUUAGAAAAGAUAAAGCUUUGCCUUUCAAAGCAAGCACUGCCAUCUCCCACUGACCGAAAGAAAUUUGACCAUGACUUUGCCAUCUCCACUUCCAUUCAUGGGGUACACAAUGUCGUCCGGAACAAGAGCAGGCUCCGGCGGGCGCUGUGGUUGGCGGUGGUCCUGGGCUCCGUGUCACUGAUGGUGUGGCAGAUCUAUAGCCGCUUACUCAACUACUUCACAUGGCCAACCACCACAUCCAUAGAGGUUCAAUAUGUGGAGAAGAUGGAAUUCCCGGCUGUCACGUUUUGUAAUUUGAACAGGUUUCAAGCAGAUGCUGUUGCCAAGUUUGGUAUCAUUUUUUCUUUAUGGGAUAUUUUCUCAAAAGUUCUCCAUCUUCAGGAAAUCGGGGAAAAUUCCACUGCUACUAGAAAAGCGAUGGAUUUUGUUGCAACUCAGCAGAAUUUCAGCAUCACAGAUUUCAUCAGGAACAAUGGGUUUUAUCUAAACAAUAGCACUCUGCUGGAAUGUGAGUUUUUUGGAAAGCCUUGUGGUCCAAAGGAUUUUGCACACAUCUUUACCGAAUAUGGAAAUUGCUUCACUUUUAAUCACGGUGAAAAUAUCAAAACAAAGAAAAAAGUGAGUGUCUCUGGCAGAGGUUUAAACUUGCUCUUCAACGUCAAUCAGGAGGAAUUCAUCGAUAACCCAGCCCUGGGUUUUGCCGACGCUGGGAUCAUCUUCGUUAUCCAUUCUCCACGGAAGGUACCACAGUUUGACGGUCUAGGUUUGUCAUCACCAGUAGGAACACACGCCCGUGUUACAAUCCGCCAAGUGAAGACAGUCCAUCAAGAGUACCCUUGGGGAGAAUGCAACCCUAAAAUAAAGUUGAAGAAUUUCAGCCAUUACAGCACCGCUGGCUGCUUGAAGGAAUGCAAAGCCCGAUAUAUCAAAAAGCAGUGUGGAUGUUUGCCUUUUAUGCUUCCAGGAAAUGCGAUAGAAUGUGACCUACAGAAAUACUACAACUGUGUUUCUCCUCUACUUGACUACAUAGAAGUUAAUGAACUAUGCACAAUGGGAACCUACAAUUCCAGCUGUCCAGUUUCUUGCGAAGAAACCACAUAUCCUGCGACGAUUUCUUACGCCACUUUCCCAAGCCAAACUGCUUUGAAAUAUCUUUCCAAAAAGUUGAAUCACAGCCAGGAAUAUAUCAGGGAGAAUUUUGUGAACAUUGAGAUUAACUACAGUGACUUAAACUAUAAAAUAACGCAGCAACAAAAAGCUGUAAGUGUGCCUGAGUUACUUGCGGAUAUUGGAGGUCAACUUGGCCUAUUUUGUGGUGCAAGUGUGAUUACAAUUAUAGAAAUUAUUGAAUAUAUAUUCACCAAUUUCUAUUGGAUGUGCAUUUUCUUAUUGCUGAAGAUACCUGAAGUGACAGAAUCAUUUCCUCCUCAGCACAAUCAUUUGCAAAACAAAAAUAGGAUAGAAGAAUGCUGA